AUGGCCGUCAAGCUUAUCAAUUCCGGUCGCCUGAACGCGCUGUGCUCGUCGGACGGCCGCGAGUGGAUCACUCCUUCUUGUCUGGACGGCCUUCUGUACCAAGACAUCGAGAAUUCGUACGCCGGGCGAGCUUCGAUCGACUCCGUGUGCGCCAGCUUGAACUAUCACCCGGAGCUGAUCCAAGCUCGCCUGCGCGCGAUGAGCGAGUCCGAUUCGUGCGACCUGGUCCUUCUGGAGGAGACGAAGGAGGUGCUGACGAGGCUUUAUUUGGACCGAGUUGCGCUGCAAAUAAACCAAACGCUGCAGGAGUUCGGAUACGCGUACGUUUCCAAACUGCAGCUCGAGUUCCGACUCCCGGCUCCCACCGUGCAGCGCGUCAUAAAAAAGAACCUGCACACUUCCAUUCGUGGGAAGUGGAUGAAAAAAAACAGCUACUUUCUCGUCGGCGACGACGCGUUGCUCUACACGGAAGUGUUUCAAUACGCCGGUGCCUGCGUGAUACUGGGCGCCAUUUUCGGCGCGUCGAGGCCCUGUUCGGUAGAGACGUUGGUUCAAUCACACCUGAGCGGCUCCAAGUACCGGGUUGUGGCGAACGCGUGUCUCGAACAAGCGUCGAGCGCCUGCUUUCUGAAAGGGAUAAGCGAGGCGACCGGCAAGUGCUACGUCCCCAACGUCUUCAAAAAGGCAAGGGCGGCGUGGGCCACGAACAGCUACUCGCAGCGCGGCUACCUGCUCUACAAAUCGCUGAGUCAGCUCGAAGUGAAAGACCCCAAAGACUACUGUCAGAAAGCGGUCCCGGACGCCGUCCUGCUCAAGACGCGCGCCGUGUCGGAGAAGGUACUGGAUCAGUUCGUCCAGGCGCUCGCGCAAUGCGAGGAAGACUGCACCGCUCUGGCUGUCUGUCGCCACCCUCUGCUUCGAAACUCGCUGAGCGAGAAGGAUUUAGAAAUGUUGUACCAAUUUGUCGAACCAAGAAAAAGUUCGACGCGGCCUCCUAUUUGCGGCCUUCUGCUCCCGCGCGGGUACUACGUCUCCGGAAGGCUCCUAGCACUGUGUGAGAGGCUCUACCAGGACUGGGUCUUGAAAGAGGUCGAAGAGCGAGGUCCUCAGCGCCGCCUUCAGAAACUCGGCGACGCGACAGACAACAACAGAGAAGACGCCUCGCGGGUCCCUUCGUCCGCGCCUCAACUCCAAAAAGUCCUCUGCCGACUCCUCCCAGAUUGGCUUCCCGUGCCGCUCUCGGAUGACGACUCCCUCGUGCGGUCGCUCGCGGGUGCCCUCGCUCCUACCCUGAUGCGCGUUUCUCUAAAGUUCAAAAACGUGUCGUUAGAACGCGCGUCCACUCUCUGCCUGGAGCGUCGAGAGAGCCAGGAGCUGGCCGGCGACUUCCGUGCUCGCUGCGCCAACUUUCGGCUGUUUUCGUCCUUCGCCUCGUCUCUGGACUACCUUGCUCCCUCCGAGCUUUCCAGUCUGAGGUCUUACUUGCUGAGCACACUCGGGAGAGACCUGUGCGAGGUGCUAGAGAAGUACGCGCACAAAAAGUACCAAGUGGCAGGUUCUCUCGCAUCCCCUUCAGAAGAAGCGAUUUGCCUUCCCGGGCACAUUUCGGACGGCAUCGAUGCCUGUCGGGAAGCAGUUCAGAAGGACGUGCCCGCAUUCUUGUCGGCCAUGAGCUCACUGGCCGCUUCCCUGGGGCUGAGCACAGAUUCUCAGCAUCCAAGCAGGCGCUUGGUCUCUGCCCACGUGGAAAAUGCUAGGAAGCAGCUCGAGCGCGCGCAAAAUGAAGCCACGCAACUCAGGAUCGCCUGCAUGUUGCUCAUAGCGAAAAAAAAAGCCAUCAUCCUCUACACAGCUUUCAGACACCUGUCUAUACUAAUCAAAGUUAUCCACCGCGAAUGCGAUCCCGAGACCGCGAGCCUGGCCGAUCGAUGCUACCGCACGCUGGCCGAAACGGGCACGCGUCGCGCGGAUGAAUCGCCCGCGUGUCCGGAACUGCAGGCGCUCAAGGACUUGGCUUUAGAGAACUAA